AUGAUUAUUGAGCUACAAGGUACACUUGAUAGCUGUGGUCGAUCGCUUGCAAAUGAGACUCUGGGUCAUCUCACUUGGCGGAAAGAUAACUCAGAAGCGUUGUUGCUGAUAGGCCAUCAUCUCCUUGAAGGCAAGCUUGUCGAACUAGAAAAGCCGUUCGCAGUAAUCAGGCCUGCACCUGGAGAAGAUGUAGACGCUGAUAAACGAUCAAUGCUGAUCGAUGCUGUCAUUACCCGAAAACUGGUGUUCAGAAAUCGACCAAAACCUCUCAUUACGCAGCAACAUCUUGCUCAAAAUUAA